UCUGCUCUUUCCAGUCGGUCUUCACAACUAUUCAAUUUGUGCCCUCUGUAUUCAUCCUCCUGCUCUUCUAAAGCAGCUCAAGCACCACUCAUCUGUAAAGAACUUGCUGCUCAUCAUGAACACCCAUCUCCGACCUUUGUCAAUUUCCUUUACAAUCUCAACUUCUUAUCUAGCCUCCUUCGACUUGCUAGCCGACUGAUCUCUUCUAUAACCUGGACUGACGCCAUAGAUACUCGUAACUUGACAUCCGAUAAGCGUACCACAACUCAGGAGCCAGAUUAUGAAAUAAAUUCGUCCUCUCCUAACAUCAUUUAUUUGACGCCGCCAUGCUCACUAUUGGUCGACAUAUGCCUGAUUCUCGAACGAGACAUUGUCUCAGUUGACCCAAUCGCUGGUUACAAGUUGCUGAUCGAUUGUCUUUCUGAUUCAUGCGCAUCGGGAUUUAAACGUCUUUUGCCCUGGCUGAUGCCAAUUUUGCUAUCAUCCUGGUCAACCUGCAUAUCGCGCGACUCUCAUACUCAUUGCCAUCGAGACUUUACCAAGUUCGCCUGGCCUAUUAUCGGUUUCCCAGAUUUCAAGGCAGCUUUUUCUAAACUUUCUUUAUCCACAGCGCGCUGUUUUAUUACAUCUUGUUCGUGUUUUUGCUUUCUUUCUAAUUACCCUUCCUCCACAACGGCACUCUUUCAUUCAGUGAUCCAGCACCUCUCUUCACGCGAAGUGCUUAGCUUACUGGCUCACUGGCUUGCUUGUUGUCCUGACGAACAUUUGGAUCAACUGAGGGUUGCUAUUCGGCCCUUCCUCAACGUAGAUACAGUUAGUUCACCUGCAUUCAAUUUCACUCCAUCCCUAUUGUUUAGCCAGCUCUCUAGUCCUCGAAUCUUUCUUCGUCUUGCUUGCAACCUUCUCAAUUGGCUGUCCAUAAACCGUAUUUCUUGCAGACCAGACCUGACAAUCAAUCCUGAUCCAACUCUUUCACUUUACCAAAUUUGGGUACUUGCGCUCUAUCGUCUCAUCUACUUUCUCUCUUCUCCUGAUCGCAGGUUUGACGAUUCCUUCGCCUUAGAUAAUUAUGCGCAAGCUGAGGCUGUUCUGCGAGAUUUUUUGUGUCCGUUAUCUAAAUCUGAUUUGACUGACCAGUUGGUUGAAAAUCUUCUGUACAGUCUUCUUCAGCUUCUACCAUACCUUGCUCCCUCUUCUACUUAUAUUGUGCACCCUCCUCGCUAUAGGGUGUCAAACAGGACUGAUAUUCUUGUCAGCAGUCUCCUAGGUGGUUGCCACGGUCAAUUUUUAAGGUGGGCAGCUUUCUUUCGUCUUCUUUGCGCAUUGAUUAUUCCUGAUAUCGCAUCGGGCACUAGCCGCCUCCGCAAAAAUCUGUUGGUUUUUGUGUAUUGGCGAUUAAGCAUCAUUUUUACACAUCUCCUUACUCAGACCACCUCCUAUCUGUCUGUCCAUUUACAGGGCUUUUCAAAGGUACCUGGGUCAGUCUCAGAUUCAGUCAUCUCAAAGACUUGUCUCUACAUUCAAAUUGUGCUCAUCUGCCUGCGUAACUUCCUCUCCUCCAUUUUAAUGCCCUUCUAUCUUGAUCUACUUCUGCCGCCCACUGACUCUAGUAUUUCCGUUGACAACGCUUGCAUUUCUAUCUUUGUUCCUUCUCAUAACAUGCUUGUCUAUGCUCUUGUGCAUCUUUUACAAACUACCACAGUUAUCAACAACAUUAUUUCAUCUCCUUUUCAAACUUUAGCUUCAGAGUGCCUCGAUUUGCUUUUGCCUAGCGGAGCCCUGCCACAUCCUAUUUUGGCUAGAGCUAUUUGUCGGCUUGAUCUUUUUCCACUCCCCACUUCUAGCCGCAUACCCACAGAAAUGCAACCUUCUGUGAUUACUGAGUUACCCUUAUUCUCCGUUUAUCAAAAACGUCUUUUAGCAAUCUGUGAAUGCCAGCGCAAUUGUCUAACUGAUGAGACAAGACGACUUGUUUCAUGCGGACAAGUCAUUGGCCCGGGCCUGGCAGAGGCCCUCUGUUUUCCCUUUCUUUGGCGCCAUCGUGCAUCCGGUCUUAAGGACUUAACUCGUCUUCUUUCUGACCCUUGUCAGCAAGUACUGCCUUGGAAGUUGCUUAGCACCAAUAUAGCCUGCAGCCCCAUCCGGCCAGGGCAUAUUGCUGAUUUACUUCUUUGUACUGAGACUCGUCGUCCCCUUAGUGUCGAUUUGCUAACCGCAUCGCCAGCCGAAGAUCACCAAUUAGAGGAACUUAUUUUGGGUGGAGCCAGCUGGGUGCCAGCCAGAACUCCUGGGUCUAACAAUGCUGAUUCCAUUGUUGCGAAAUGA